AAAACACCAGUCAUCCAACGGCGGCUGGCCCGGUCACUCUCACACUGUUUUCUCCUCUGAUGCCACGUCUUCAAUCCCAGCCAACCACUCAAAUCUACCACCUGUCCUUCCAAGCUCUUCGUCCAUCUAGAAGCGCGUUUGUACAAAAAGGAGGGGCUGUUUGCUGAAACCGUUAAAUAAAGCCGGAGGGAAAAGACCCCAUCGCGGGGCUUUCUUCGUCGCAGCAGCCAUUUAGCCCCUUCAUCUUCUUCUCUCGAGACUGAUUUUUCGACAAAGCAAGGUCAACGUCGUCUUGUGUGUCUGCGCACCCGCUCGCUGGCAUCAUGGCUUCAUUUUUCGAGGAACUCUGGAAUUCCAUCUUCACUCCAGGUCCCACGCCGACUCUCCUCGUUGCAACAAACGCCGCGUUUGCAGCUUUGCAACUCCUCCUUCUGAUCCUUCUCCUCGCCACCUACUCGAUUCACUUCCUUAUCUUGUCUGUACUCUGCGGUGGGCUCUGGUAUUCUAUCAACUGGUUUGCAACUGAGGUUUCCAAGGCACGAGAGGCAGACAAGGCUCAAGUGAAGAGAUCCAAGAGUCCAGAAACCGAAAAUGCGAGCGACACAGAGACCGAAGGCCCUCCGACGUCUUCUUCGGCACCUACCGAGCCGCAGUCGGCCAAAACUACGGCGGUACAAGCGGGACAAGGACAAAGGCACGAAAAGCCUAAACAAAAGUCUCCAACCUUGCUAGAGCCACGAGCGACCGACGGCGUGGAAGCAGUUCGGAGACGGCGAAGCCUUGGUGAAAGCUCAGGUUAUAUCAGUACGGACAGCGAAUGGGAGAAGGUGUCAGAAGGGGAAGAGAAAGGGAAAUAAUCGGUUACAAGCGAACCUCCCCAAGGGCUAGAUCACAUACUAUUGAUGAUUCAUGUCAAACAGCGAACGCAACGGACGAGAAGGGUACGUGACACGAAUGAGUUGAACAAAGACUAUAUAUCCCAAGAUACCCCCCCAGCUAAAUGAAAUUCUGAAAGUAUUCUCGAUAUUGUACCUAUGACAGCCUCUGUGCAUAUUUCGUCUGCCAUAAUCUGUACGGGGGGGUUGAGUAUCUACCUGAGGUACAU